UGAUCCGCGACCUGGUCUUCGGCAAGUUCGGCGAAAUACCGGAGGAUUCGGAGGCCGACAGGGACCUUGUGGAGGACGCCGACUCAUCGAAGGGGCACGCCACCGCCGCCCAUCGUGUGUGUAUUUUUUGGGGUACUAAGUUUUUCGGUUGCUAUAAUAGCAGCUACCUACCGCAGCACGCAACAAACUUCGUACCGCAGAAGGUAGAGCUACGGUAACGUAGCCUUUAGCUGCACGAUGACUCGAGAUGGAAUCUCUGAGCUCAUGACAGCGGAAAAUCGUGCUUCGAAGAUUGUAACCGAAGCACGCGCGGGUUUGUUCUCAAUAUUCAACCAAAAUCCUGGAUCAUCGUCUUGUAGCCCGCGGUGAGCGUAUCAAAGAAGCCAAGCGCGAAGCCGAGACAGUCAUAAAUCAGAUCUACAAGGGACGGGAGGCUUUAUUUCAGGGAUCUGGCAAUAAGGUGCGAGAUUCUCCCUCGUAGAAGUUAGAGUUUGUGGUUGUCCAGACAUGUUGUGCGGAUGAAUUCACAGACAUGAAGAUUUCUACAGAGGCAGAGAUAUCAAGAAUGAGGUAAGAAGAGACAUACUAACUACCAUUUCUUUAAGUCACUCAUAGGAAGGACUUUGAGUCCAGCAAGCUAUGUGCUUCUGGUAUGCUUGUUAAGGUUGCCACUGCCGUUAGCCUGGAACUAUCAGAGACAUGCAGGCUCUGUUGGCAGCGAGGAAAAGGCCAGAGAUGACUUAGUCUUGUGGCCUAGGCCACGAACCGUUAAGCCACAGAUGGGCUUGGACUGAUUUUCAAAACCGUGACAGGGUCAUCUCAUGCGUCCGCUAUCUUCGAUGUCUAGUCUACCUGCCAGGUAGAUAUUUCAAGAAGUCCCAUCGGAGUCCACGAACACUGUCAUAAUAACCCUCCCCCGGCCCCGGGCGGGACCCAAAUGAAGUAAAAUGAAUAACUUGAAAUUAAGGAAGACCGGAGGCUCAAACUAACAACUCUAAAAGGAACAAGCUCCUUAGAUUCAGGAACUCCCCGGCCCCCUUUGAUAGCGUGAGUGGCGAAAGCUCGCUGGGAACCACCGUGACACAAGGCCCGGGUGGGUGAAUCUUACCAUGCCAGUGGGAGAAAUGUCUUCAGCAUUGCCUCUCCAAGGAGGGUUGCCGACGUUCUCUUCUGCAGUGUCCGCCAUUUUACGUUAUGUUCGAGAUUGCGUACCAGGAUAGCAGCCGCGCGGAGGGCAGUUUCUGCGCACGCCCGGUCACGGUGGCAUAGCCAAAAGCGGCCGGGCAUAGCCGCUAAAAGUGGCAUAGCUGAAAGCUACGG